UUGAAGAAGGUGGGACUGGAAUGCAUGUUGCAGGCCAACACACGUUAGCAGAAAACAAACUCAGAGACAGACGACCGUGUCGGCUGAAACGACAUGAGAGGAUACCGGGGCAUAAAAUACACCUUGUUCAUCUUCUGCUACUUGUUCUGGGUUGUGAGUGCUGUUCUUGUUGCAGUGGGGAUCUACGCCAAGGUCGCCAAAGAGAAAGAUGUGGUUGACACACUGGCGGUGGAUCCAGCGCUGCUGCUGAUCGUAGUUGGGUCGUUGACCUUCCUCGUCACGUUCCUGGGUUGUUUUGGAGCGCUGCGGAAUUCCACCUGUCUGCUAAAGAUGUUUCUGGUGAUUCUGCUGGUGGUCUUCCUCCUGCAGGUUGCGGCUGGAGUGGUUGGAUAUGUUUUCACCGACAUGGUGAUGGACAGGACCGAGAAGCUGAUGAGGGAGGCCGUCUACCGCUACAGGGAGGACCAGGACCUGGAGAACGCAAUCGACUUCAUCCAGAAGAAGUUCCAGUGCUGCGGUAUUGAGAGCUACAAGGACUGGUCCCAUAACAUCUACUUUCAGUGUUCGGACACCAACCCCAGUCUGGAAGCAUGUGGAGUUCCCUUCUCCUGCUGCAUCCACAUGAGGAACCAGACUGUCCUCAACACUAUGUGUGGUUAUGGGAUGCAGCAGAGGGAGAAGGAUGCAGCCAGAAAAAGCAUCUUCACCAUCGGCUGCUUUGAUAAAAUCAUCUGGUGGGCCAAGAACAACCUGCUGCUGGUGGCCGGUCUGACUGCGGGCCUGCUGCUGCUUGAGGUGUGUAUGAUGACUCUCGCUGGUGCUCAGAUCUCCUGGAUAAAAAAUGUCGAACGAAGAGAGAAAGAAAAGGAAACCAGAAGCAAAUCCGAGCUAAGAGAAAGACGCUGGUUUCCUGCAUUUGCAGACUUCAACGAUGAAUAAAAGUCCACCGCUGGUGUCAUUCCAACAAACUGGAGCAUUCUGCAUCCUAACUGGGAAUUCUGCUGUUAGCAGAGUUUGAUUUACCCAGCGGUUGGUCCAAGACUCCCAAACGAAUCUCCAGGAUUAAAAAGGAGGAAAUAAAUCCAUAAACAGAGCGUCUGUUUCAACGGGCCUUCACUGGUGGUAGCACACACCGAUUACACUCUACAAACCAAUCACACCUAGCUGCAGACGCAGCCCUGGCCAAACACGCCCCCGGCCAAACACGCCCCCGGCCAAACACGCCCCCGUUCCAUGGCGACAGCUUCUGGCAAUGGACGGGACGUCGUGUCUGACCAAUAUUUGCUGGGAUGUUUUCUGUUGAACUACACAUGUAACUGUGGGCAUGUACAAAUAAAUCUGAAUUAACUUUAGGGAAAAGUUAGGUUACAAUUUAUUUGUACCUGUCCUUCCAAGACCAUUUUUAUCGUGGACACCACGUUACCGUCAGACUAAUAUUUCCUGGAUGCUAUACACGCAACUAUUUGUCAAAAAAACUAUAAUACAUGUAAAUGUUGACAUGUGAAAAUAUAUCUGAAUGAAUUUUAAGGGAAUUUUCUGUUACAUGUUUUAACAAAUUUUACACGUCUGAGCGCGACAAUUUUAGGGCUACCACAUUGCCGUCGUGAGUUUGCUGCUUAUUAGAUGAGGAGUCAUAAACGGUCAAAUAAAUAGCCUAUUGUUACGUUUAUUUUGGCCAAAAGGCUUGCAUGUAGCCCAUUAAAAAUUACAUUAAAAAUAUUUUGCGUCCAUGACGUCUUCCCCCACUGCCAAUAAUGCUUAAUUUUAUAUAAAAGUGUUUCAGGAAAAAAUCACUAAUGCGCUAUCUAUCAAACUAUGUCUUAAACGUUUAAAUUUAUGUACAAAAUCUUCACAAGUUGUAAAAAUAUAAAUCUGUCUUUACCUGAACCGUCAUUUCCAUCUGUUGCAACACGCAUGCGAGUUCUCGUGCACGCGUGUUUUGUACAUGGAGGCGUGUUUGGCCGGGGCUGCGUCUGCAGCUAGACCUUACUCCUACAAACACCAAUGCUCCCUUUUUAUUGGUCAUUCCACGAGGUCAAAGUAAAACUUCCUCUACAGUUGCUUUUCAAAAUAAAAGCAUAUAUAUACACAUUCUUAUUUACAUAUUUACAUAGAUGCAUAACAUAACAGAGCAUAUUAUUCUGAUGCAUAACAUCUACAUCCAGAUCCUGGAGGUGCAGCUCUUACCUCGUGUAUAAAUGACCAGUAAGAUGUGAUGUUCCAUAUAAACAUGUCAUGUUAAUAAAUAGUAUGUUGGGUUGUGUAAA